AUGGUGGGCUCAUCAUCCAGUGGCUCGUUAUCUAUGAAGACAAUUGAUGAAGCUUUGGAAUUGUUUGAGAGAGUGGCUAUUACCAUAGCCAUGUGGGCCUCUGAGCGUGUUGUUCACAAGAAAGUACCAGGAGUUUACGAGGUGGAUACGUAUACAGCAUUGUCUGCAAAAAUUGACUCUUUGGUUCAUAAGAUAGAGAACAUGUCACAAUCAACCAAUGCAGUACAGGCAAAAAGAGCAAGUUGUGAAGAAUGUGGGACGGAUCACAGUACAGUAAAUUGUACAAUUCUUAUACAAGGUACGGAACAAGUUGACUUCAUACAAAGGGGUCAGUGCCAACAAAAUAAUCCAUAUUCUGAUACCUACAACCCUUGCUGGAGGAAGCGCCCGAAUAUUUCCUGGAGCAAUCAGAACCCCACUGCACCACAUGGUUCUCAGUUUCAGCAAGCAGAGAAGAGAAUUUCCUUGGAAGAGAUGUUUGGUAAAUUCAUGGAAAAGACAGAUCAGUACAUGGAUGUGAAUAAUCAAUUUAUGAGGAAGAUUGAGACAACUCUCCAAAAUCAAAGUGCUGCAAUUAAAAACUUGGAGACCCAGAUGGGACAAAUGGCACAAGCUUUAUCAGGCAGAGAACAUGUCAAAGCAAUUACUACUAGAAGUGGGGUCCAAUUACCUGAGUUCCAUGUUAAGAGGCCAACUGUAAAUAAGGAAAAAGUACCCUCUACUGAUGAAGAGCAUGCAGAACAGACUGAACAAACAACAGAUACAUCUAUCAAAGAGAGUUCAAAUACACCACAAGUUAAGGCAACUGCUCCUAUUAAACCAUAUGAGCCGUUAAUUCCAUUUCCUCAGAGGCUGCAAAAACACAAAUUAGACAAGCAGUAUAUAAAAUUCCUUGAGGUCUUCAAAGAGCUGCACAUCAACAUCCCUUUCGCGGAUGCUCUCGUUCAGAUGCCUAGUUACGCAAAAUUCUUGAAAGAUAUUUUAUCUAACAAACGCAAGCUAGACGAACAUGAGACUGUAAUGUUGACAGAGGAAUGUAGCGCCAGCAUAAAAAAGAUGCUACCUCCCAAAUUAAAAGAUCCAGGGAGCUUUACUGUACUUUGUCCAAGUAUUAAUUUGAUGCCAUUAUCUAUGUUUAGGAUAUUGGGCUUGGGGGAGGUUAAAGCAACUACAGUGACUUUACAGCUAGCUGAUCGGUCUAUCACGCACCCAAGAUGA